ACGAGCACGCAAAUUGAAUGAGAGAUAUGCAUCCAAACAAAAUCUCGAACUAGAAAUCAAAUUACCAAAUUUACUACGUACGCGGUACGCGGAUGUUUCUCUUCCUUGAUUUUUCCAUGGUCAAUCGGUCAUUACAUUUCUGUUUGUCUAGAUGAAUAGAAUUUCCAUCUAGACUUUCUCAAAGUCGUUCCACUGAAUUUUCUUAUCCUACUUAUUUUCUUUUCCAUAUUUUCCACUUAAUUAGCCAAAAAUUUCUCCAACAUCUUUAGCUUUAGGUGUAAGGCAAUAAAGGUGCCUCUUAACUUCAUUUCUCUCUAACUUCACAAGUACGCUCUAACUUCACAAGUACGUCAAGAGCAUAUCAUGGACUCCCUAAUUUCACUUUGCGUUUUCUGCCUCUGCAUCUCUCUCUUCCCUUCCUUCACUACUCCUACCAUACUAUUUCAGGGGUUCAAUUGGGGUUCCAGUGAUAAAGGAGGAUGGUAUAAUUCUCUGAAAAACACCAUCCCUGAUCUUGCAGCUGCUGGAAUAACUCAUGUCUGGCUUCCACCUUCCUCUCAAUCUGUUGCUCCUCAAGGCUAUAUGCCGGGAAGGCUAUACGAUCUGGACGCAUCAAAAUAUGGAACCAAGGACGAACUCAAGUCCCUUAUUUCAUCUUUGAGCGAGAAAGGAAUCAAGAGCGUGGCGGACAUAGUCAUAAACCACAGAACAGCCGAGAAGCAGGACUCGAGAGGAGUGUGGGCCAUCUUCGAAGGCGGUACUCCGGACUCGCGUCUGGACUGGGGCCCGUCCUUCAUCUGCAGUGACGACAAGACCUACUCCGACGGCACCGGGAACCCCGACACGGGCGACGACUUCGGAGGAGCGCCCGACAUCGACCACGUUAAUCCGACAGUCCAGAAGGAGUUGUCGGAGUGGAUGAACUGGCUGAAGACAGAGAUUGGGUUCGUGGGGUGGAGGUUCGACAUGGUGAAGGGGUAUGCUCCCAGAUUUACGAAGAUCUACAUGGAAAAGACGCAGCCGGAGUUCGCCGUCGGAGAGAAGUGGGAUUCGCUUGCUUAUGGCCAGGAUAGGAAGCCUGAGCAGAAUCAGGACGCCCAUCGCGGUGCUCUCGCUAACUGGGUUGACGCUGCUGGUGGCUCCGUCAAUGCUUUUGACUUCACCACUAAAGGUAUUUUACAAGCUGCUGUACAAGGAGAGCUAUGGAGGUUGAGAGACUCCAACGGAAAGCCCCCGGGAUUGAUUGGAUUAAAGCCAGAAAAUGCAGUAACAUUUAUUGACAAUCACGACACUGGGUCGUCUCAAAACCUGUGGCCUUUUCCGGGAGACAAAGUCAUGCUGGGUUAUGUUUACAUUCUUACUCACCCUGGGACUCCAACAAUUUUCUAUGAUCACCUGAUUGAGUGGGGACUUAAGGACCAAAUAAGUAAGCUGAGUGGAAUUAGGACUACACAUGGCAUAAACAGCGGAAGCACAGUGAGAAUUUUAGCAGCGGAAGCUGACAUUUACAUGGCAGGCAUUGACGAUAAGGUUAUUAUGAAGAUUGGUCCAAAGUUAGACUUGGGGAACCUAUUGCCCUCAAACUACCAACUUGUUACCUCUGGACAAGAUUAUGCUGUCUGGGAGAAGAAAAACUGAUGAUCUACCAAAUUAAUCUCAAACUACAUUGGUUCUUUCUAAAGCAAAAACAUUAUAUAUCUAUAUAUAUAUAUAUAUAAGUCAAUUAAGCAUGCAAAAAUAAGCAAAGCGAGAAGAUUCCCUUCUUUUGUAAGAGUUGAUAUUUGCAAUUGAUGUAUUUUUCCGCUAAGUAUGGACAAAAUCAAUUAUUAUAAGAUUGAAUUAGUUCUCUGAGGGCCA